AGCGCAGGGGAGUUCCACUAGGAUAUCAUGCUCAGCAGGGUACUACCUGGAUAUCACGUCUGGGUCCUGGAAAUGUCCGGGGGGUUGGGGUUGCAGUGGUAGUCGAAAUGUCCAUUCCCAAAUGGAUUCUAACUGUAAUUAUCCUAUUGGCAGUAGCUGUACUAUAUAUGCCACCAACACCUGGCUGGGUGGAAAUCCAUGUUCAGGGUGUACUAAAUCAUUGGUGUGGUAUUACAGUUGCAGAACAAUAUGGAGUGGAUGGGGGUCAUGGUCGUCCUGUCCCGGGGACUGCUCGACUCAGUCAAUAGUUAGAUACAGAUCUUGUGUCAGGCCAGGGGGAGGAUGUGGAACAGCUCCCUCACAAUCAAUGGGCUGUCUAACAUACGGCUGUACUUCAUCCUCUGAAAUCAGCAGAUCUACCCCAAAUGACUACACCUAUUACGCCUUAUCAACAAGUUGUUUCCUUGCCUUGGGGAGGACAUCCUUUACUUUUAGAGCCAAGGCUAACAAUGACCUUCACUUGAUGUUGAAUACCCAUGACAAUUCCUCUAGUGGUUCUUACUAUGAAUUCAUCAUUGCCGGAUGGAGUAACACCAAGUCUGUAUUAAGGAUCGAUGGAACUCAGUGUGAUGAACAUUUAGAAUUACUUCUUAGCCAAUCCUGGUACGACACUUUCUGGAUUUCUUGGUCUGGGACCACAAUCCGAAUGGGCACUGGAACGACAGUCGGCAGCAGCGUAAAAUUGAGUUGUACACAUUCACCGAGACACGAUGUCAAAUAUAUCUGGAUCAAAACAGCAUGGGGGUCCUCAGGUCAAUGGAGGUUCCCUAACGAUGUUUCCUGUACCCAUGAAUUAAACAGUAACGUGAACGUUCCCACAAGUGCUACAGGUUGUAAUGGAGUCAGCACUUACGCAUGUAACUCAGGAUACAAACAGGUUGCUGGGAACACACAGCGUACAUGUUACGGAAAGUUCUGGACGGGAUACCCACUUGUCUGUUCCGUUUCGACCUGCAAGAUUGACAUCCUGUUUAUUAUAGAGGCUUCCUCAUACACCUCUUCUAUUUACUCUGAAUUAGUAUCGGUUAUUGGUGAUUUGGUGAGGACUAUGCAAAUUUCAACCAGUAAUGUACAAGUUGGGGUGAUAUCCUAUGAUAAUGCUAUCGACCAAAAUUUCAAGUUUAAUGUUUACACUACAGCGUCGUCGUUGGACACCGCAAUUACGGCAUUAACAAUACCAAGCGCCUCUACAACGACUAACCUGGCCGAGGCAUUACGUGUUGCAUUUUACGAUUUUGUUAAAUUGUCAAAUGGAAACAGAUUUCAAGCAUAUAAAUAUUUCGUUAUUGUUGGUAAAUCAAGCCCUACACAUCCCUGUGCAGACAUCGGACUCAAUAUACGACAGGUGGCAAAAAACCAGGUGUUCGGAAUCGGUAUAUCCCCUACCACGACAUUGGCCAAUGAUCUUAAGUCCGCCGCUGGAAGUACUGUUAGGUACGUUCAGGCAACCUCCCCAGCAGACCUAGCUACACAAUUCAACACCGUUCUUACAAAAAUCGCUGUCUGUCCAACGUCUGCUUUUCCUGGUCCUACGUCAGUAGCUUGCAAGCUUGACAUAGUUUUCAUCGUUGAAAAUUUUAAUCUUCGCUUUAUAAAAAGAUUUGUGGCGGAAUUAGUCGAGGAUCUACCGAUUUCUUCAACUGGCGUCAGGGUAGGUUUUGUGGUAUUUGAUAACGGAGCAAGAACCGAGUUUGGACUUGCUGCUCAUACCAGCUCCGAGGCCGUCAAAAGGACAAUUGAAGGCAUUUCAGAGACGUCUAGCAGCUAUCAUUAUGUAGAUAAGGGAUUAAUUCAUGCUCGUGACAACGUCUUCACGGUUGCUGGUGGAGAUCGCGCGGAUGCUGUUAAUUAUUAUGUCUUUAUUGUGGGGCCAUAUUACAGUGAACCAAUCACAACAGCAAGGAUCAUUAGAAGUAGUAGGGACAAUAUCAUAUUUGGCGUUCAUAUUGGGACAAGUUACGCGACGACUUACAAGGAGACUGUUGGAUCCUGUGGAGAUUACUCUAAAUAUACAAAUAUAAAUUUCUAUAACAACUUAAUAAACAUUAAAAAUACAGUGAAAGGACAACUUACCACCUGUUAUCAGCCUCCAGUAUACACACAAGCUUGUAAACUUGAUAUAGCCUUCAUCAUCGAUGAUACGAUUGCUGUUACCGCUACUCACUUCAUGGAAAUGAAAACUGCACUUGAAGUUUUUGUCAGUAAAAUGCUUAUUGGUGAUAAUGCAAUAAGAAUAGGAAUAGUAACUUUUGGUGACGGAGCCACAACCGCCUUUCCGCUAAACCAGUACUCCAAUGCAUCUGACUUGAUCAGUGCCAUAAACGCUCUUACACAAGGAAAUCCUACUUAUAAUAGAAAUCACCGGUAUGUAGAAAAAGCCAUCACGUUUACGACGUUGAGCUUCUUCACGCAAGGCAACGGAGACCGUGAUGAUUCAAUGAAUUAUUACGUCGUACUUACAUACGGGGGUACCUCUGGAUCUAAUUUUACAGAAUAUGGAAGAGCAGUGCUACAUAAUUCCUCGAUGGAUAUUUUCAUUCUAGGUGUUAAUGUUCCUCCGAGCGAUGAAGCUGAUUAUCAGGGAGGUGUCAUCUCAGGGAGAUACAUGGGGGCUACCAGUUUCGCCACCCAUCAGUGUGACAACAAUGUGUUCUUAACCAUCACCCAAUGUACACGACCAGCUGAUACUACCACUACUGAUACAACUAGUGCUACUACUACUAGUACUGAUAGAACUGCCACCACUACUGAUACGGCUGCUACUCCUAUUUCUACUACAGAUACUUCUACUCUUACAAAUGAUAUAUCAACAACUACUGGUACAUCUACAAGCAACAGCAUUACUUCUGCUGGGGAAACUGCAGCUUCCGCUAUAACUUCAGUGAAUGGUACGUUUGAUGAGCAGACUCAAAGCUCAAAUGUGAAUAUAAACACCAUUGUAAUCAUCGUCGUCGUAAUUGUAUCUCUGGUGAUAGUAACAGCUGUAUCUGUCUUAGUAUAUAAAAGAUUCAUCAGUCUAAAGAAUAAAGAGUGUGUUACACUACAACAAGGAUACUCACUGCAUAGAUCUUGCCAUUCAGGGUACUACCUAGAAAUCACAUCAGGGAUUUGGCGGUGUAAAUAUAGUUGGUACUGCUCUAGUAGUUUGUCCGUCAAUCACAGAAUGAAUUCCCAAUGUAAUUAUGGCACUUCUUGUACUAUAUGGGCAACCAGCUCCUGGCUUGGUGGAGAUCCGUGCUCUGGAUGCCUUAAAACUUUGGUGUGGUACGAUACCUGUAAAUCGAAUUGGGGACUUUGGGGACCAUGGUCGUCAUGUCCCUUUGACUGUUUUUCUCAAAAUGUAAUUAGAAACAAGACAUGUGUUAAACCAAAUGGAGGAUGCGGGUCGUCUCCUUCAAUUUCCACAUCAUGUCUCCGUAUUGGGUGUACUUCUUCUACGGAAAUCAGCAUUACUACUCCAGGUGAAAACACAUACCUUAGUCUAACUCCCAAGUGUUUUGUGGCCAUAGGAAGAACGUCUUUCAUCUUCAGAGCCAGGGCAAACCGCGACCUGUACUUAGCACUGACUAGCAGUGACUGUGUCAACUGCGGCUCACAGUAUGAAAUUCACCUUGGUGGACAGAACAAUACAAUUUCAAAAAUCAAAAUCGGUAUAGAUGGAACUGAUUGUGCUUCGCUGAGGAGAGUCAUUUUGAGUCAAAUAUACUUUUAUACUUUCUGGGUCUCAUGGACUGGAAGUGUUCUUAGAGUGGGCACAGGCAACACUGUCAACAGGAAUAUUUUCAUGUCAUGUUCACAAUCAACUCCAUAUGACAUCAAAUAUGUUAUGAUCAGGACGGGAUUGGGUUCAUCUGGUGAAUGGAGAUUCCCUAAUGAUAUUGCAUGUACACAGGAGACGACUAAAAAUGUUAAAGUCAUAACUGAUAACUCAUCUUGUCAUGGAGUCAGUCACUACGCAUGUGCAUCUCCAUAUAUCCCGAUUGAUGGAAACACACAGCGCACGUGUGGUCCAGGGAAAGUUUGGUCAGGACAUCCUCUGACUUGUUCAGAAAAUGAGAGUGCGACCGUGAAUACAAUCUUCGUUGUUAUCGCAUCUGUGAUACCAGGACUUGCCAUAUGUUUUAUUGCCAUCUACUAUAUGUGUAGAGGACUUAAAGGUGUGAAGAAUGAAGUGAUCCAGAAAGGUGAAAGAGCAAUACCGCCCUCCUGUAACGAUUAUGACGAAAUUGAAGGACCUUAUGAAGUCAAUAACUAUGAAAACUUCCCCACAGGCCAAGAUGGUUUUGAUAUGAGACCUGUUUACCAAAACUCCCAACUCGAAGACAAUGAGGAUGCGAAUGAAUACAUGUACCAUGAGAUUAGUUCCGAAGGAGCUUCUGUUGCAGCCAUAUCAAAUCCAGGAAUAACGGAAUAUGAUAAUUUUUAUUUAAAUUUGAGCGAAGAAAGCUAGAAUAUGCUGGAUCUGAGAAUGUAAUAUUUUAAUAUAAUAUUGGGUAAUUUAUUCUCUAUCAAGAGUAUUUAUGAUGUUGAACUGCAUAGUGAUCUGAAUACUUCGCAGUUAGAUUUCCCUCAAAACUCUUGUGUAACAUAGAAAGUUCAAAGUGCAAUACAAUAACUAAUUGCUUUUACAUGAAAGAGGGUACUAGAAGUGCCUUGCUUCAGUUUGUUCUAUAUAAAGUAAUUGAUGUCUUUAAAUACCAUUUCUUCAAAAUCUUUUUACAUCCUCAAUAAUCUUGGAUUAUUGUUUUUAACUACUUGUUGUACAUAACGUUUAAUAUGAAAAGAUCCGAAAAUGUAGAAGUUAAAACUUUUGUUUAAGGAAUUAUCAAUACUGAUGAAAAGACGAUUUACUAUUUUGUUGGUGAUUCUAAUAUUAUCAUGCUUA